GCGUCCCCAAACUGGCCUUGGUGUGGGGGAUCAGCGACCGGCGCUCCGUGGGGCAGAGCCUCAGUGCCCCAACCAUGGGGGCGGCGAUGGGACGGGGACAGGGAUCCCCAGGGUUUGGUGUCCCCAUCCCAUGGGGUGGGACGGGGCUCCCCAGGGCCUGCAGCCCCCAUCCCUCUGGGGUAUCUGCGUCCUCAUCCCUUUAGGGUUUCUGUGUCCCCAUCCCUUUUUGGGUUUCUAUGUCUCCAUUCCUUUGGGUUUUUUGUGUUCCCAUCCCUUUUUGGGUUUCUGUGUCCCCAUCCCUUUAGGGCUUCUGUGUCCCCAUCCCCUUGGGGUUUCUAUGUCUCCAUCCCUUUGGGGUUUCUGUGUCUCCAUCCCUUUGGGUUUUUUGUAUCCCCAUCCCUUUUUUGGGUUUCUGUGUCCCCAUCCCUUUGGGGUUUUUACGUCCCCAUCCCUUUGGGGUUUUGGUCUCUCCAUCCCCAGGUGGCACCAGGGGAUAUAGGGACAGGGACUCCCCACAUUUUGGGGUCAGAUGUGCCAAGAGGGGACGCGGGACAGGCAAUGCUACCCACUGUGUGCAGGAUGUGGGGCUGUAGGAUCAGUGCUGUGCCAUCAUCCCAACGUCUCCCAGAUGGCACUGGGGGGCUCCCAGGACCACCCCGCAGUGGUUGUGCAGUGGGGCAGGCUAUGGGGCAGGCUAUGGGGCAGGCUAUGGGGCCAGCCGCUGCCCCAGCAGGAUGUGUUACCCCUAUGUGGCACUGCAGGAUGGGACAUCAGGGUCCCUCCAUCCCGGCGCUGUUAUGGGGCAAAAAGAGGCAGAAAAGGGUUAACAGGGAAACGCAGCAGCUCCUCCCUGUAGGGCGGGUGUCACCUGGGGAGGGAGGGGAGCGGGUGGGUGCCACCCCACACGGAGCUCACCCACACCUGUAAGUAAGGAGGGGCCCUUCUGGGGGGUCCUUUAUGGGGGGUGGAUGUGGGGCUGCUCCCUGAUCCCUGUAUGGGGCAUCCAACACUGGGGGAUCUGUAUGGGGCAUCCAACACUGGGGUCAACCCACCUGUGGGGCACAGCAGUGCAGUGGGGUCUCAUGUCCUCCCCGUGGCCCAGCGCCUCUUUGGGAUCACCCUUGGACUUAGGGGCAGGAGGGACACAUGUCACCACCAGGACCCCAAUCCCAACCCUAAACCCAAUGCCAACCCCGAUCCCAAUCUCAACCCCACACGGCACAUUCGUGCACCCACGGGCUCAGCCCCACACUCCCAGCCCGUCCCCAUUGUCUCAGGAUUUGCCAUUGGGGUUUUUUCUGUUGUGCACCCCACGUACUGCUGUAGGGCUGUGCUGUGCUAUGGGGCAGAGCUGUGGGUUUUUGCCGUCCCCGUGCAUUCCUCCCCUUUCCCAAGCACUGCUGGGGCGGUGACAUUGCCCAGGUGGGAUUUAACCCUUAUGGGAUAUUUCCCAGCCGCAGCCCCACAUGCGCAGCCCCACAUGCGCAGCCCCUCUGCCCGCCCCACAGCCCUCCCAGGAGGUAAUUCCGCAUCUGGGGAGCGCUGCUCUUCCGCCCCAUAACACCAACAGGAAGCACACAGUGCGCUCAGAGCCACAGCGGGGCCACCCAGCGCCCCGACCCCAUAGAGCUCCCCAUAGCGCAGCCGUUCCCGCUGGGACAUCCCAACCCUCCGGAUCCCACUGGGACAUCCCAACCUUACAGAUCCCAUUGGAGCAUCCCGACCCCAUAGCCCAGCUGGGAUGCUGCAGCGAUCCCGCAGCCGUGCGUGGCGACCGCUGCAGCAGGGCGAGGAGCGCCGGGAGCCGGAGGAGCCCUCAGCCCACAUCUACCUCAACCUGCAGGAGCUGCAGCGGGAGGCCGCAGCGUGCGGCACGGCCCCGCAGCCCCACAGCCCGCCCCACAGCCCGCCCCACAGCGCCGACUGGGAGACACACCGCGACUCGGAGUCGGGACAUUUGUUUUAUUACAACCCCAGCACCGGGGAGACGACGUGGGACUGCCCCUUCGAGCAGGAGGAGGAUGCUGUGAGUCCCGGCGCGUCCCCCCCGAUGUGGGGACGGCAGGAGGAGCGAGGCAGCGGGCGGGCGCUGUCCUACGAUUCGGUGACAGGUGAGGGGCCGUGGGACCCACACUGCGUGGGAAGUGGCCCCCGGGAUGCCGAGAUGGGGAUGAUGCCCUACAGCCCCGUGGAGCACAGGCCACCCACCCCAGAAGCAGAUUACCCCGAGCUGUCCCCAGACGAGCUGGAGGCGUACCCCGAGGAGGACUGCUCACCCCCGGGGUCCUUCCAGUGGGGGGCAGCUCCCUACCCACCCCCCCGGCGGCACCAGGAGCUCACGGUGUCCCCACGGUGGUACGGAGCCCCUGGGGACCAGGAGCAGUACGGCACUGAGACGGUCCUGGCAGGUGGCCUCCACCAGCGGGCCAGCAGCAGCUCCAGCCAGGACAGCGGGUUGCUCCCAUGGCCCGGCGGCACCCCGGUAUCACCAGGGAUCCGCGAGGAGAAGCUCAAAAGCCUCGACAAGGCUGGUGUGCUCAACAGGACCAAGACGAUGGACAGAGGGAAGCGGAUACGGAAAAACUGGAGCUCGUCCUGGACGGUGCUGGAGGGUGGAAUCCUGACCUUCUUCAAGGACUCCAAGCACUCAUCUGCGGGUGCUCUGCGGCACCCCACCACCCUGACCACCCCUGAGCACACGGUGGAGCUGCGUGGAGCUGCCAUCGCCUGGGCCAGCAAGGAGAAAUCCAGCAAGAAGCACGUGCUGGAGCUGAGGACGCGCGAGGGCUCCGAGUUCCUCAUCCAGCACGACUCGGAGCAGAUCGUCACCACGUGGCACCGGGCCAUCGCCGACAGCAUCGUGCUAAUGGGCUCCGAUGUCCCCAACGAGGAGGACGCCGAGAGCGGGACGGAGUUCGGCUCGCGGGAGAAGCUGGGCGGUGAGGAGAGGAGGGCAGCGGCACCCACCCCAGGCGACAGCGAUUCCAGCAAAGUGCGCAACAAACUCCGCAAAUUCCUCCAGCGGCGGCCGACGCUGCAGUCCCUGCGUGAGCGUGGAUACAUCAAAGAUCAGGUUUUUGGGUGCUCGCUGCAGGCGUUGUGUGAGCGGGAGCACGGCACGGUGCCACGCUUUGUCCAGCAGUGCAUCCACACUGUGGAGAGGAGAGGGCUGGACAUAGAUGGGCUGUACCGGGUCAGCGGCAACCUGGCCACCAUCCAGAAGCUGCGCUACAAAGUGGACCACGAGGAACACCUGGACCUGGAUGACGGGCGCUGGGAGGACGUCCACGUCAUCACCGGUGCCCUCAAGCUGUUCUUCCGCGAACUGCCGGAGCCGCUCGUCCCCUUUGGGCACUUUGACAAGUUCAUUGCCGCCAUCAAGAUGCAGGACCCGGUGCGGAAGGGACGCUGCAUCCGUGACCUCGUGCGCUCGCUGCCGCCCGCCAACCACGACACCAUGAAGGUCCUCUUUGGGCACCUCUGCAGGGUGAUUGAGUUCAAGGAGGAGAACCGCAUGUCGGUGCAGAGCAUCGCCAUCGUCUUCGGCCCCACUCUGCUGCGGGCACCCAGCGAGGAGGGCAGCAUGGCUGUGCACAUGGUGUUCCAGAACCAGGUGGUGGAGCUCAUCCUCAACCAGUACGGACACAUCUUCCCUGAUGGGUAGCGUGUGACAUGGGGACACCACAGGGACACCGUGAGGACACCAUGGGGACACUGCGGGACAUCAUGGGAGCACCAUGGGGAAACCAUGGGGACAUCGCAGGGGCAUCAUGGGGACACCAUGAAGGAACCAUAGGGACACCACGAGGACAUGAUGGGGACAUCAUAAGGACACCAUGGGGACACCAUGGGAACAUCGCAGGGACAUCAUGGGAACACCCACCAUGGGGACACCAUGAGGACAUCGUGGGGACACCAUGGGGACACCAUGGGGACACCAUGAAGACACCAUGGGG